CGUCCCGGCGUGCACCAAUGAUGAGUGCCCGCAUGGUGCCCAACCAACUUGGCAGGGCCGAAGUCCUGGAGUGCUGGAUCUGCCGGGAUCGCAGCCCUGAAGCCUUGGUGCAGCCAUGCCGCUGUCGGGGAUCCAUGGGUGGCGUGCACGCCUCCUGUGUGGAAGCCUGGGUGGAAUACCAUCGAAGAAGCACCUUCCAAGGCGCAGAGGCUCCUUGCUGCCCAGUAUGCCGCUAUCCGUACGGGGGUCGCAACAUGGCUCCAGGGCCCAAGGUGCUAUUCCGGCACCUCACGCGAUGCUUUGGGCAGCAGCUGUUGCUGACGCUCUCGGAAGCCUUGCGUUUUGCCAUCCUUGGCACCCUGCUGGUGCACUUCUGUCGGCGCCCCGUCCCAAGCCCCUUGGAGACAAACGACUGGCGACAUUGGCAAAAUUGGCUGAAACGAUCGACAGAGCCGCCCGAGUGGCAGAACGAAAGCAGCACGUGGAGCAGCAUCGCUGGCAUGCUGCUGUGCCUCUUCUUGUUGCAUACCCUGGCGGUGCUUCUGAUCUCGCUGCCGCCCCACCGUGCCCCGCCGGAGCGCCGCGUGCUGCAGCGGCUCUUCACCAGUGACACCUGGCGACUGGCGCGACAUGUGGCAGAACUCCUCGCCACGGUGCUCUUGUUGGGAUGCAGGUGUUUCUAUGGUGACCUGCCCUUUACUUGCUUCCUGCCUGUGGGACUUUUAGCGAUCCUACCGAUCUGUCAGCUCGCGCUCUGGUAUCGGCCCACCGAUUGGUGCAGAGAGGGAGCACUCAUGUUGGGAUGCCUCAUGAGCGCGCCCCUGCUGUUGACCCUGGAGCUGGGGCAAUUGGCCUGGCAGUGUCGAUAUCGAUUCUUUAAUGUACGGGAUGGUCCAAUGCACCUUUUGAUUGCAUUGAUCGCCUGUCCCCUCGCUCUACUCCGAAGCUCUCUGAAGCCAGCCUUGAUGCUCUUCAUGGCACACUCAGCUGUCUUGACUCUGUGUCUGCUGGGAAGAUGUUGUUGCCAAGGGUGGUCAAGACGUUUCCCUCGUUUCGCGACCCUGCGGGCCCUGCGCAGUCUUUGCCGUCGCUGUCACCGCUGUCGCCGCCGGCCUCGGCUCGGCCCUUUUCUCCGCGAGCCGGACACGGCGCAGCUGCAACAGCCAGAGGCUGGAGCACUCGCCUCGCGCAAUGACUGGCGACCGGGCAACACCUGGUUUUAUGCUGUGAUGGUUGCCUUAGAAGCGUUCAGCCUUGCGGUGGAACAAAAGUGGAUCACUCUGCUGCUACUUCUGCUGGCUCUCCGCGCCUUGCAGCGAGCUGCCGUGGAUCCACCCCCUCCCAUGUCACGCGGUGUGAACAGACGCGGCACAGACGCGGAAGGGGUGGCGGAAAA